GCACAGUUCUUUUAUAAUUGUUAAGACCCCUUACCUUUCCCAUUUCUGAUUAGUGCUCACGAUUCAGGAGACCCUUUUCGAAUAUAAUUGUCUAAUGGCAGGGAGUAAAUGAAAGAGAUCAUAUUGUUUGGUUUUGAACUUGAUGGGAAUUCCUUUCAGGGCAAAAAAUCGGAGGGCAGGAACUAAUUGGGGGCCUUGACUGUAUGGUUCAUCGAAACUUCUUUGGCAGUCAGCUUCAAAGCUUUGAGGCGGAGCUUUUGAUUCCCAAAAUUGCGGCUGAAGAAGGAGGUCCUCCAAGUUUUCGUGGGGUUUUUAUUCGCGCUCCAGGAAUCCUUGAAGUAGGUCCAGAAGUAGAAGUUUUGGCAGAUCUUCCCACUCCAUCCCAAAAAGCUGUUAAUUUGAGUCCUAAUGAAAGCGAAGAGGAGAAUGCAGGUUCUGAGAAUAAAGUAAUUGUCGCUGUAAAGCAGGGAAACUUGCUAGCAACUGCUUUUCACCCUGAAUUGACUGCCGAUACUAGAUGGCAUGGUUACUUCUUGAAGAUGGCAGGUGGCAUAAGCGAAGAUGCUUCAAGUAGCAGUAUCUCCCAAUCGACCAAGGAUCAACAUUUUUUAAAGCCACCAAUAUACGACCUUCCUAUUUAUCAACAACAGUGACAAAAGAAAUAACAAUACAAGAUCAGACGAGAAAUUCCUUAAUCUCUUCACUUGUUUUUUAUUUCCGUUAUCAUUAUUUAUGGUGAUGUCUACUUAGGCAGGGUAUUCAAUGUCAGAAAGCCAGUCCAUCGCUACCAAAUUCUUCUACAUUCAAUAAACUUCUUUUGAAGUGGAAGGGCAAUGUUAGUUUUCUAAUAUUUGGUGCAGUGCGUGUGAAGCGCUAUACUGUUCUUUAUUCUCUCUUAGAAAACAGAGGUUUUGCAUUAGCCAGUUCACUCCUUUCUGUUUCUUGGUUAUAAAUUUGAUUAUAAUGAAUUUUUUCUCCUAAACUGAAAGCAGGAGAUUGAGAGCA